GUACUUCUCUGUAGCAGAUUUGCUCACCUGCAGUCAGAAGAAUGAGACAUUUAGGUCACUUUUUCAGUUAGGAGCAAAUAGCACAUUUAGCUCUCACCAGGGCAUGUCCCGAAGGCAAACAGGGCUUGUCAGCACCGAGGGCCCGCGGGGAGCAAGAGAGCGGGUGCUGCUCUGUGCUGGGCACCAGCUCCACGCUCGGGCACCGCGUUGCCCUGAGACCCGGCCCAUGCUGUAGCAGGCAGACACCCUUCUGGGUGGGAUUGCUUGCCCAAAGAAGAUUGAGGACCAGACUGUGCGUGGCACAAAGACGGCGUGUUGACACCCUGCCAGAGCCCAGCAUCGCCUGGGAGAGGGUGCAGGGUGCACAUAGGGCAGGAAUGAGGGGAAACAGCCUUCUGCAACCUGCAGUGCCACAGUGGAAGGAGAAGGGGCCAACGCUCAAGCUGUUCAGCAGGAGGAAGUAAAAGCUAAGCCUCGGAAGCCUCUUGUCAAGGAGCUGAAUCAGCAGGAAGCAGCUUUGCAGUGUAACCCAGAGAGAGCAGCUUCCCGCGUCCACCAGCUUUCUCUGUCCCAGGGGCUGGGGCUCUGCAGCUGGAUGUGACACCCCCUGUGGCUGGAUGUGACACCCCCUAUGCUGGAUGUGACACUCUCUGCGGCUGUUUGUGACACCCUGUCUGUGCCGCUGAGCCUCUAACACAUGCCCGGAGAGAUGGGAGGCUGCUGGAGGCUGCAGGAACCUGAGCCCCUCCUCACUGCCCCAAUUCUCCUUGGGGUUCUCAGGUCUGCAGGGACCAGAAACUGGGUGACACAUGGGGAAGGGGUCACCACAGUCCCAGCUGGGCCGUGAAGACUUCUUGGCCCUCUUGGUUUCUUGUGUGACCCCUGGCAAAGCUCGGCAAGUGUUGCUGAGAUCCUCCUGCUAGGGCCAUCCUUCUCCUCCUCUGAUGGGAUUUUCCUUCUCGUUGUAAUAAAACUUAUUAUCAAGACACCUGCCACUCUGUGUGUGAUUUCAGGGCUUUGGAUACUGCAGAUAUCACUCUCACCUCUUAUAGACCUCGUAGAGACUCGUAAUGGAAAUAUUAAGACUGGUGAGAGCAAAGGGAGAACAGAAAUGUGUGUGCCGAAGUACAAAGAAGCAGGGAGAUAAGGGUUAACAGGAGAGGUGUGUGCUAGUUGCUGCAGGGCUCCUAUGUGUGAUUUCAUUCAAAUGAGGAGGAGGAACUAAUUGGCCAAAGAUAAGGUGUCAGGAAGAUGCUGAGCGGAGCGAUAAAUAUACCUGUAAGACAAACAAGGGAACAGAUAUUAAAGAGUUUUGGCUAAGGCUGAUAAGAUCUGAGAUAAAAUUAUGGGGAAAAGAUUUUCAAGUAAGAUCCACUUCCAAAGGAUAUAAAAGACGAGUCCAAGGUGGGUUCGCUGCUGGCAGUGGAGGAGCACAGAGCAAGGGCUCAAAAACCAUCUCAGAGCGAUCCCCCCCGUGUGCGUGGCUCUGGGUGUGCCGGCAGGAGGUUUCACCGUGAUGUUCACUAACAAGAAGCACUUCUCUGCUGCCAUCAUUGGGGCGCUGGUUGCACUCUCCAUCAUUGCCCUUGUUCUCAGCCUGGUGAAGAUUGAAGAUGUCACCCUGUCACCCACAGUCAAGUAUGGGAUGGUGUUUGACGCAGGCUCAUCCCACACCUCUCUGUUUGUCUACGAGUGGGAUUCAGACAAGAAGAACAACACCGGCGUGGUCAGCCAGAGCUCGUCCUGUGAUGUCCAGGGGAAAGGCAUAUCGAGCUAUGCCAAUGAUCCCCCAAAAGCUGGUGAUUCCCUAAGGGAGUGUCUGGAUAAAGCCCUGAAGAUUGUUCCUGCUGCAAACCAGAGGGAUGUCCCAGUGUAUCUCGGAGCAACAGCAGGCAUGAGGCUACUGAGGGAACAGAACAGCUCAGCUGCAGACCAAAUCCUGGUCGAAGUCGCUAAAACCAUGCGAGAGUACCCUGUGGCUUUCAAAGGGGCUCGAAUCCUCACGGGAGAGGAGGAGGGGGCAUAUGGCUGGAUCACCAUCAACUACCUGCUGGACUCCUUCGCUAAGUACUCCCCCAAAGCACACACGUGGCUUCAUCCAGAGGCAGCCAAUAUUUUUGGAGCGCUGGAUCUUGGAGGAGCAUCCACUCAAAUCAGCUUUGUGCCCAAGAGUUCAGUGAUAAACUGGAAUGAAGCCUCCAAGCUCACAUUGUACGAGUAUGACUACAACAUCUACACACAGAGCUACCUCUGCUACGGGCAGAACGAGAUGCUGAAACGCCUGGCAAAGGAAUUAAUUGCGGAGUCGUCCUCCAGCACGCGAGUCGAUCACCCGUGCUACCCAAAAGACUACAAUGAAACCGUCUCGCUGUCUUCCUUCCACACCAGCCCCUGCACGAACCAGAGCGAUCCACGCCUGGCCCUCGGCGACAGGAACGUGACCCUGGAGGGCAGGGGCGAUGCCAGCGGCUGCCUGGCUGCCAUCAAGAAGCUCUUCAACUUCUCGGCGUGCGGCCAGAGACAGGACUGCACCUUCGACGGCAUCUACCAGCCCCCAGUCAGCGGGCAGUUCAUCGCCUUCUCUGCCUUUUACUACAACUUCAAGUUUCUCAACCUGACUGAGGGGCAGUCGCUGGCCACUGUCAGGGCGACCAUCGAGCAUUUCUGCAGCAGAAGCUGGGCAGAUCUGUCUUCUAGUUACCCUGAAGAGAAUCCUGAGCGACUGCCUAAAUACUGCACCAAUGCCAACUACAUCCUCACACUCCUCCUCGACGCCUACAAGUUCAAUGAGACCAGCUGGAACAGCAUCUUCUUCCAGAUGAAGGCGGGGAGUGCCGACGUCGGCUGGACACUGGGCUACAUGCUGAACCUCACCAACAUGAUCCCAGCAGAGGCUCCGGCACAGGUCAAGGGGCACAUUCCUUCCCUGUGGGCUGCAGCCAUCACCUUCAUCAUCCUCACACUUGCCAUGGGGAUUGUUGCUCUGCUUCUGCUCCUGUGGGUGUAGGAGCCUGGCAGCGUUUUGGAGCCGGACAAGUGUCAUCAGGGCUGGAGGGUCAUCUGUGCUGGGGUACCCUGUACUCCUACCUGCAGGACUGGCAGCCUGAGGCUGGGUCAAUGACAUUGAGAACAUUAAUCUCUAUGGCACCGAAAAACUCAGGUCUGACCUCCCAUGGGACUGGCCCCACCAUGCGGACAGGCACUAUGUGAGGUUUCCAGUGAGCUCCAAUCUGUGGAGACCUGCUGGGAUCAGCCUACACACCACAGAAACCUCAGCCAUGUCUGCCUGCCUCUUGACACCACUACGCCUGGUAGAUGUGGCCUCCAUCCCACCGGCUGACAUGUGGGGCCAUGGAGACCCAGCCUGGCCGUGGCAGAACUCCCUGGGCACUGGAUGGUUGGUGCAGGGCUGCAGGCACAUGGUGACACGGUGCUUUCUGCAGUGCUGGCUCUGGCUGCGGUGGCCAGCAGCAGGCAGGUCCCUGGCAGCUCUGCCAGCGGGAGGAUGUGCCAGGCUCUGUGGUACCCGCUGGCUCUCCUGAGGGUGCAGCGUUUGGGCUUUUCUGAUGGGCUUGGAGACAGAAGGCAAAUCAUGGAAUCAUAGAAUCACAGAAUCAUUUUGGUUGGAAGAGACCCUCAAGAUCAUCAAGUCCAACUGUUACCCACCCCAGCACUGCCCCAUGUCCCUGAGAACCUCAUGUCCGUCUGUCCAACCCUCCAGGGAUGGUGACUCCAGCACUGCCCUGGGCAGCCUGUUCCAAUGCCCCACAGCCCUUUGGGGAAGAAAUUGUUCCCAGAUCCAA